CCAGACCUGUGAUGGCGGCGGGGCUAACGCUUCCCUCAGUUCCGCCCUUUCGACGGCGACAGGGGGGCGUGAAUAGGAGGGAGGCAGCGGGCGCUUUUAAAGCCACUCGUGGGGAUCCGGUGAGAAGGGCGGGCGGCGAAGACGCCUCCCCGCAGCCAACCAGGGUAGCUUGGAACUGGGCGACGAAGCCAUGAGCCGCGGCGGAGGCGGGCUGGUGAAGCUGCCGGGGACGCAGGCCUUCCGCUUGCCCGGCCGCCACGGCUACGCAGUCGAAUUCUCGCCUUACCUGCCUGGGCGUUUGGCCUGCGCUGCCUCUCAGUACUACGGGAUUGCAGGUAGUGGAACUCUGGUAGUGUUGGAACAAAAUGAAGCUGGAGUUCAUCUCUUCAGGAGUUUUGACUGGAACGACGGCUUGUUCGAUGUGACUUGGAGUGAGAACAAUGAACAUGUGUUGGUUACAUCCAGUGGGGAUGGAUCUUUACAACUCUGGGACACAGAAAACCCCAAGGGUCCACUGCAGGUUUAUAAAGAGCACACUCAGGAGGUCUACAGUGUUGACUGGAGCCAGACUAGAGGAGAACAGCUGAUCGUAUCUGGGUCAUGGGAUCAAACAGCAAAGUUGUGGGAUCCCGCAGUGGGACAAUCAGUAUGCACUUUUAAAGGCCACGAAGGUGUCGUUUAUAGUACAAUAUGGUCUCCGCACAUCCCAGGCUGCUUUGCGUCUGCCUCAGGUGACCAGACUUUAAGAAUUUGGGAUGCAAAGGCACCAAGACUCCCAGUGAUUAUUCCUGCUCACCAGGCUGAAAUUCUAAGUUGCGAUUGGUGCAAAUAUGAUCAGAACUUGCUUGUAACGGGUGCUGUUGACUGCAGCUUGAAAGGCUGGGAUUUGAGAAACAUCCGACAGCCAGUAUUCAACCUCUUUGGGCAUACUUAUGCUAUAAGAAGAGUAAAAUUUUCACCAUUCCAUGCCACUCUACUGGCUUCCUGUUCCUACGAUUUUACUGUAAGAUUCUGGGAUUUCUCCAAGCCUGACCCUCUGCUUGAGACGGUGGAACAUCAUACAGAGUUUACUUGUGGCCUGGAUUUAAGCUUGCAUCACCCGGGCCAGGUGGCAGACUGCGCUUGGGAUGAAACAGUGAAGAUCUAUCGUCCAUCUUCAGUGGUAGUUCCUGCAUAGCAACUGAUAUUCUGUAUGGAAGACAGCUGUUUCGGAAGAAAUCGCUCCCAGGGCAGGACAGAACUGUCACAAGUUGUGUUAUUUGCCUUGAUAACAGCCUUUUGUUUUAAAAAUGUGAAUUGAUGUUUUAAGUUAAGACAUACAGCUAAAAGACAAGUUAAAAAAAACUGUGAUGGGCCAGCAGAAUAAUCACAAACCAUGUGGGUGGGCAAAGCAACCAAUCAACCAGGGGAGAGAAGACACACUCCUAGACUUGUAUACUGUAUAGGGCAGAAGUAGGGAGAAAUUAGAUCUCCAGAUAUUGACUCCCAAAAUUCCUGACAAUUGACGAUGCUGGCAGGGGAUUCUGGGGGUUGAAGUCCAAAACAUCUGGAGAUCUACCUUCUGCCCACCCAUGGUAUAGGGUAUAUAGCAAGCAAUUGUGUAAAUAUUAGGUUGUUGGAAUUAUGUCCUAUAUCUACAAAUGGGGGAGGGAAUGCAAAUUGCAUUGUAAUUUGAUUAUUCAUUAUUGUUCAGAUGUAGAAUUUAUCAUACAGCAAUGUAGCAUCAAUCUGAUGUAUAUAGCAUUCAGUUGAUUUCAUUAUGGAUAAUGUUUUGGAAUUGAUGCUGCAUUAUAAUAUAGUGCUUACUGCUGAUGGACAGUAAAUGACAUAUUAUCUAACUGCUUUAGUUUGAUUCUUCCUGUUUUUACAUUUUCUUCUUUAAUCAGAAAAAAAACCCACCAAAUUGUUUCACUUUGUCUAUGACACGAACCCAGUUCAGCCCAUGUUCAGCUGUGACUGAAACAGAGUUGCCAUUGCCAACUCCAGAAAGACAAAACUGUGGUAUCUGGACAGAAUCCAGAGGGGCAUGAGGGCAAGACAGACCACAGUGGUUGAAGUGGCCACACAAAAUGUUGUGUUUAUCUAAGGUGUAUGGCUAUUCUGUGUGCUUAUAUGUCCCUCGCCACCAAGCAAUACAGCCAUAAGUGAUGCCAGUCAGAAUUUACAUAUUUCAUAGAUAGAAAAUACUGAGGCUGGAAGUUUUUCUACUCCAAGGAGAAAUCAGUGAAUCCAUGGUGGAGAACUCAAGAGUCAUGCAGACAGAUCAAGUGAGCCAAUUAGCCAUGGACUAUGGGUGGUCACAAUAUGCAUUAUAGAAGACAUUUGCUGAAACCCUGGAGAGCUGCUGCCAGUUAGUGCCGACAAUACUGGGCUGGAUAGAUCAAUGAUCUGACAAAGUAUAAGGGAGCUUCCUAUGUUCCUAAUAGUAAAGCAGUUGAGCACUUACAAAACAUUUUCUCAUUGCUUAUUUUCCAUCACCCAUAUCCCCUAGCCUUCAUACUUCAUAAAGGCACAGAAAAGGGCAACCAAAAUGAACAUGAGACUGGAGCAAUUUCCCAAUGAGGAAAGAUUGCAAUGUUUGCGGCUUUUUAGCUUUAAAAACUGGAAGGGAAUCUAUCUAUUCCUUCCCUAAAACCAUGUUCAGGGAAACAUUAUAGGAACGUUAAAGCUGUAGUUUUUCCCCAAAAUUAUUUUUGAAAAUCCAUCCCCACAAAUCCAAGUUGGAUGGGUCCUCUGCUAGAAGGACCUUUCAAGCCAAUUCUACAGAUGAAACUUCUCAUGAAGAGACCUUCUAUUUUAAAUAAUUUGUAAACAUAUAUUUUGACAGAUACAGAUUUCAACCAUUUAACUGCUACAGGAACUUUUAUUUUUCUAGCUCUGUUCCACUUCAGUUUCAAAAAAGUCAUUCAAGUAGUUUUCCAACCAGUUCGUGAAAAAGAAAGAAAAAGGUUUGGGAUUCUUGUUUGUUUGGGCUACAUUUGAUCCUAGCUCAUUUUUGAUCCUGCAUAUAUCCAGCAUUUCCUGUUAUGAUUAUAAGAUGAUCUAUUCUGAGAAGAGUUGAGGUCACUAUUUUUUAAUUACUUUUUAAUUAGUUGGGCAGAUGAAUUCCAUAAUAGUUCCAUCUGUAGCUAUACCUGCAAGCCAAAUCCUGUCCCUUAUCCAGAGACUGGGAUGCAUUGGAAUGUGCAAGAGGCUCCCCUGAUAUCAACUGAAGUGCUGAUCUAUGUGUGGAGAAGCUGUUCUGAGAGGAGGUGUUCCAUGAAGCUUCAAAACUAGAACUAAUUUCUGAAUUUGUUUACUGAGAGGUCUGUUUACUAUAUUAAAAAAACCCAAAAGUUCCAUUUUCUGUUUUUCUUGAAAGGAUCUUGCAGGAGAUUGAAGUGUCACAAACACUUGUAAAUUUAUCA